UUUUUUUUUUUUCAUUAUUAUUAUUAUCAAGUGUAUAAAAAAUGACUACGGAAUCUCUUACUGUUGGUGUUCUUGCUUUACAAGGUGCUUUCAUAGAACAUAUUCACAUGUUAAAGAGAAUUCCUGAAGUGAAAGAAGUGAUUCCAGUCCGUACUGAAGAACAGUUGAAUUCUGUCGAUUGUCUUAUUAUUCCUGGUGGUGAAUCCACGGCAAUGGCUCUUAUUGCCGAACGUUGUAACAUGUUGGAACCUUUGCGUAAGUUUGUUCAGAAAAAGCCUACUUGGGGCACAUGUGCAGGUAUGAUUAUGUUGGCAAAGGAAGCCACAGGAGCUAAGAAAGGAGGACAGCAACUAUUUAAUGCAUUAGAUGUUGUUGUAAACCGUAAUCAAUUUGGAUCUCAAAAGGAAAGUUUCCAGACUAUGUUACAUUUACCUGAGUUGGUAGGUGAAGAACCCUUUGCUGCUGUAUUUAUUCGUGCCCCUGUUAUCAAGGAGAUCAAGUCACCUAAAGUUAAGAUUGUGGGUCGUUUAGAACAAAAACAUGGCCAAACAGAGGCUGAGACGGCUAUUGCUGUCCUUGAGGAUCAUCUUUUUGCUACUGCUUUCCAUCCUGAAUUAACAAGUGACGAUCGUCUUCAUAGGUUUUUUGUUAAUAUGUCUCUUAAAUACAAACAACAAAAUUAAUGAUUAUAGAAUACAAUAGAAAAAUACCCAUUUUUUAUAAAAUUAAUAUAAUAUGCAUACAUAUACAAAUAAUGUAUAUUUGAUUAUAAUUUUUAACUGGAAUAAAGACAUUUUAUAUAUAUGUAUUUAUAAUAAUUAUUAACAAUAAAAAAAAUAGUUGAAUUAUUUAC